AUGACUUGCCUGGUCGUUUUACUUGCUGCUUGUUUCUUCGCUUCGUGUGCUACAGAGGAGACACCGAUCACUGUUAUGUUGCAAAACAAACCUGAUGAUGACCCAAAACUCAAUGGAUGCGCAAAGCUGAUACAGCGGUCACCGGGAAGUUACGUCUCUGGGAGGCUAUCUGGCUGUCAACUUCAGAUACGUCGGAGAGACACGCUGGUUUUUUCACUCAAAAUAGAACACAACUUGAUGGACAGGAAUCUUCAGAGUCUCAGAGGUGACCUAUUGGCCUACGCAGCGAACCGAAUUGUGAACAAUAAAGCGGACGACUGCCUUACUGCGACAGGUAAUGUUUUGCGUAUAAAUGAG